AUGAGUACGGAAGACAAUUAUGACAAGCUCCAGAAAAUAGGAGAAGGCACAUACGGUGUCGUGUUCAAGGCAAAAGACAAACAGACGGGACAGAUAGUCGCCCUGAAACGCAUUAGACUAGAAGCGGAUGAUGAGGGUGUUCCUUCGACGGCUAUAAGAGAAGUUUCAUUGCUAAAAGAGAUGAACAAUGAUAACAUUGUAAAACUUUUGGACAUUGUAUAUCAGGAUAAUAAACUAUAUCUGGUCUUUGAAUUCCUCGACAUGGACUUAAAACGGUACAUGGACAACAUCCCAAAGGAGCAUGUAAUGGAUCCGCAAGAAAUAAAAAAAUUAGCAUUUCAGUUAGUUACUGGUGUCGCGUAUUGUCAUUCACAUCGCAUUAUCCAUCGAGAUCUUAAGCCGCAGAAUCUGUUAAUUGAUAAAAACGGUAAUCUCAAAUUGGCCGACUUUGGAUUAGCUAGAGCAUUUGGCGUUCCCCUAAGGCCGUACACGCAUGAAGUUGUGACCCUGUGGUAUAGGGCUCCGGAGAUCUUACUUGGGAUACGGCAAUAUUCUAUAGGAGUGGAUAUAUGGAGUGUUGCUUGCGUGAUUGCAGAGAUGGCGCUUCGAACCCCGUUCCUCCCAGGCGAUUCGGAAAUAGAUCAACUCUUUAAGAUCUUCAAAUACCUUGGAACACCAGAUGACGUCACAUGGCCAGGCGUAUCAAAGUUACCAGAUUACAAGAACGUCUUUCCGAACUGGAAAUCAGUACCAUUAGACAAAUAUAUACCGCUAGACGCGGAUGGAAUUGAUCUGCUUGCUAGGAUGCUCGUUUACGAUCCUGGGCGACGGAUUUCGGCUAAGCAGGCUCUCCAACAUCCUUAUUUUAAGGAGGUAUUUGGUGGCCGUAAGAAGUAA